AUGGGACCAACAGACGGAUUAGAGGCCAACUUCCUCACAACCCAAGCCCAAGAGCUUCGUCUCUCUGCUACUCUCGAAAUCAAUGAGAUCGUUAAGAGGCAGCUUGACUUGGACAAGCCGGUAGUUCACCUGGGAUUCGGAGAAGCUACUUUUCCCAUUCCCAUGAGUGUGCGAGCUGCGCAUGAAGAGGCCAGCGGAAACACUAGCUACCUGCCUGUGGCUGGUCUUUGGAAGCUUCGAGAGUGCGUUGCUCGAUUUCAGACUCGCCGACUGGGCUUUACUGUUGGUCCAGAGCAGGUUGUUAUCGCACCCGGCUCAAAGCCAUUACUUUUCGCUCUUUUCGACAUCCUCAGUGGAGAUGUAUUGCUUCCUCGCCCGUCCUGGGUCAGUUAUGAGCCUCAAGUGAAGCACGCUGGGAAGCAACUAUACUGGGUUGAGACAGACGAAGAAGACCGCCAUACCAUCACAGGCUCGUCUCUAAAUUCCGCGUAUGACCUGGCUGUUUCGGAUGGCAGUGACCCCCGAAUCAUGCUCAUUAAUUCGCCUUCAAAUCCAACCGGGCAAGCUUUUUCAAGGGAAACUCUGGAAACAAUUACAUCUUUCUGUAAAGAGAAGAAGAUCACAUUGAUCAGCGAUGAAAUAUACUCCGAUAUUUGCUAUGCUGAAAAUUAUUCGACGACCUCGUGUACUGAGGACACAUUCAACGCGGGCCAAAUGGUCCUCACUGGUGGCCUGUCCAAGACUUACUCCGCUGGUGGUUGGCGGGUCGGAUUCGCAAUCUUCCCUCCUAACGCGUUUGGCACGACUUUGCAGAAAGCAAUAUUGGCCUACGCUUCUGAGUGUUGGUCUGCCGCCUCGGCUCCCGCUCAAGAAGCUGCGGCCGUAGCCUUUGACACCACUCCGGAGAUGGACACUUAUCGCUCCCAGCUAAGUAGCCUCCACAAGCAUUGCACAAUCAGACUAUAUGAAGCACUGAAGAACUGCGGACUUGCCGUAGCAGCACCAAAGGGUGCCUUUUACCUGUACCCAUCCUUCUAUCCAUAUAGUAAGCAGCUGGAGUCACUGGGUAUUCAUACGAGCCGUCAACUGUCCCGUUGGCUCAUUAAAGAGUGUGGUGUGGCAGCGUUGCCAGGGUCGGUAUUCGGAGAAGAUGACAAAGGUGUACGAGGUGGCCGCUAUCGCUUGAGAAUGGCAACUAGCUAUCUCUAUUUCAAGGAUCAAGAGGAGCGAUACACUCGUGGAUAUGAGCUAUUGUCCCAAGCAUUGGAUGGAGAAGCCAAUGCCGCGAUUGAGCUGCCAUUACUUGAAAAGGCGAUAGUGGCAAUAGAGAAUGCUGUGGCAAAGCUUAGGAAUGUGUAA